GUGUUCGUGUUCGUGUUCUGCUUUUCUGAUGGAUCUAGGUUUUUGUUUUUCUGUCUUGAGUCUGUCUCUCCAUAUCUGGUUUAGGUUAAAAUCUCACAUGCGCUCUGAUUGGCUCAAACUUUGGACUAUGUUUUCACCACACCCUAUAAUAAAUCUUAUUCUAGGCAUUUUUCUUCGGAUCAGCCUGAGGCGCGUUAACGGCACACUGCAGGAUUACUUUUUCAUUUCUACUGUUUUUUUUUUUUUAAGGAUUCUAAUCUAAAAUACGUAUUUUAAUAAUAUUGGAAGAAUAUCGUACUUGUUGUCAGUGAGGACUGCAGAUAUCUUUCGGAUUACAGCUGAACUUGUCAUCUUUAAUGAACUGAGCUAAAGAAGGAUCUUAAUAUAACUUUUCCGGCGAGUUUCUCAGUCUCUGGAACAACAAAUAAUACUUUUAUAUUCACACAACUUCAGAGAGACAAAGACAAAAACCUUUAAACACUCGAACUGUUUCAACGAAUCACCCGUUUUUAAGACAGUGUGAUUUAUUUAUUUUUUGGGUCGGAGUUGAGCGCGUAAAAACGCACGGCGGCUCCAUAUGGCGCACAUGUGCAGGCAGAUCACCGGCAGCGCGGCGAGCUGUGCGGGCUGGGUCGGGCUCAUCGUCGCCACGGCAACUAACGAUUGGGUCCGGACCUGCGACUACACGGUGACCACCUGCCUCCGCAUGGACGAGUUGGGCUCGCGGGGACUCUGGGCAGAGUGCGUCAUCUCCCCGGCGCUCUAUCACUGCGUGGCCCUCAGCCAGAUUCUCACCCUGCCAGCGUACGUCCAGACGUCCCGUGCUCUGAUGAUCUGCGCCUGUCUGCUCGGCCUCCCCUCCAUGCUGCUGGUGCUCAUGUCGAUGCCGUGCGUCCGGCUGCAGAACGACACCUCCGCCAUCAAGCGGCUCCGCGCCCGGGUGGGAGGCGUCCUCUUCAUCCUCAUAGGUGUGUGUGGCAUCAUAUCGACCGUCUGGUUCCCCAUCGGCGCUCACCACGAAGAGCAUCUGAUGGCGUUUGGCGUCUCUCUGUACGCCGGCUGGGUCGGCUCCAUUCUCUGUCUCCUGGGCGGCUUCGUGAUCUUGUGUUGCCGCGGCACCGACCCCGGGAUCCCGAGCAGGGACAACAGCUUCUACUACUCCCGGCAAGGGGGCACGGCCACGCCGCUGGACCCCCCCGCCAACCACGCCAAGAGUGCCCGAGUGUGAACAUCCCCUCAUACCCCCUCAUCAAAGUCUGUGCUAAGGCUGGGGGGGGGGGAAAGAAAUCGAGAAUCAAAUGUAUCGUGAUUUUUAUUCCAAC